AUGUAAGUUCAAGGGGAAGUUGGACAACACAAAGGUUAUACUGCUAUAAAAAUAGCUGGAAAUGCUCAUGAAUUGAUUAGAAAAAAUAAAUCAGCCACAGAUAAUAUUGGUGAACUAGCUAUACAAGAUGUGACUAAGAAAUUGUUGAAUGACUAAUUCAAUUCAAUCAAGAGUUAUGACAUAGCGAGGGGUGAAGAAAAGCCUGGUCAAUAAUUUAAGUCGAUGCAUAGUAUGUACGACUUGUAAACAUUGAAAAUUACAAAAUUGUAUAAGAAAAAGGAAAGAAAUGACCUUGAGAAACAAAUCAGAAAUAGAUUAGCAAAAGAUCCUGAAAAACAACUCUUACUCUCAGAGAUAUAUGAAUAAUUGGAGGAUAAUUCAGAUGGAGAGGUCCUAAAAAAGAAACAAAAAAAUAGAGAAGAAUCUUUGGCUACUUAAUAAGAAGUGUAUGACGAAGCACAAGAUUAAACAGCUGAUCUUACACAAUGGACUAAAAGGUUAAAAGAUCAAAGGAAAAAAGAGGAAAGCAAAAAAGAAGAUAUGAGUACUAAUAUAGUUCCAUUAAGAAACAAAUAAAGAGCAUCAACUGAGAUUAAGAAGCCGAUUUCAUUCUAACAAUCAAUGAAGUAAUUACCUCUUGAUAGACAAAACUCAAUAUUAAAUUCAGUCCCUCCUUCCAACACACCUAGGUCCUUCAAGGAUGUUAUGAAGAAUGCUGUUUAAAAGGUUAAAUAACUAAAGAGUUUAAAUGAAGAUCUAAGUGUAGAGCGUUCUGUAGAGCAAUAUAUACAAAAAGCUUCAGCUGUCGCUUUAAGCGAAUUGAAGGAAAUUGGGGAACUUAAUGUCGACGAAGAAAAAGGAUUGACUGCUAAUUUUGAUUUUACUAGUGAAGGUGUAUUAAGAAUGUAUAAUACUUUGGUUAAAGUCUAGAUGUCUUAAUUCAAAUCAGAAGCUGAAAAGGCAAAGUUUUAUAAAAAAUAAACACAACUCAUAGUGAAUAAGCUAAACUUAAAGAUUAAACAAAAUCUUAUCUCAAUAGAUACAAGGGUAGCAACCUAAGAAAAGUUAAGGUUAGAGACACACGAGUUACAUGAAAAAAUUCUAUAAAUUAAAUAAUUAACAGAUCAAUUAGUAUAAGAAAUUAACGAUUUAUCAAAUCCCAAAUCUUAAGACAGUCUCUAAUUGAGUAAAUCCAGAAUGUCUCUCGUAAAUUAAUUUAUGAGUCAAUAAAAUAAAUAAAAAGAACUAGAAUAAGACAUCUAAAUUCUUAGGGAUAGUAAAAAGGCAUAUAAAUAAAAGAUAUUAUUUAAUAAAAAGACUUUAGAUUAAAUUGAUAAAGAUAUUCAUAAUUAAAAAAAAGAAAAUAAAAAUUUGUAAAGAUGUUUAGUGAGUUUUUAUUUUUAAGUGUUAAAAAAUGGAUAGGAUGUUAGAACUACAGGUAUAGCUUGGAUUAUUUCCAAAUUGAGUUCUUUAAGUGAAAAAUGUCAUCAUUAAUCUAUGCCCGAUUAUCUGGAUUAAAAGGCUAAGGAAUACUUGCUUUAAAAAGCAACAAUGUUGUCGGAUAUCGAAAAGCUAGAAAAAGAACUGAGCGAAUCGUUUAAGCAAUAUAAAUAAGAAUAAUCCCUUGAUAGUAGUUUGGCCAUUUUGUAAUAGAGUUUAUCUUAAAAUGAUUCUUUGGAUGCCUCGUUUUUACCUUCAAUCUUUCCUUUUGAUAGCCAUAAAUUAUCUUCAAUUGACUUACACCUGGCUCGACAAGAGGCUGCCUUAACUUCUAGGAACAAUUACUAAUUAGAAAAAUUAGGACCUAUUUAGGAGGGAUUGUCUAAUGAAGAUAUUUAAAAUUUGGAAAAUAUGCUGGCCAAGUUGAACCUUAAAAAUUCGCCUAUUAAUAAUGGCACAUUAAUUUACAAAGAAACUCAAAAAAGAAUCAAAUAGUAGAUCAAGUAAAAGGCACAUACAGAGUCUCAAAAUAAUGAUUAAUCUACUGUUAUAAAAGAAUAAGCUAUUCAUUCUUAUGAUAAAUGCAAUACAUAAUUAAAUAAGAUUAAAUCAAAACUCCAACAUCUAGAGGAUGAACAAAUUACUCGAAUAGUGAAAGAGUUUGAUUAUAAAAACUAUGCUAAAAGAUUCAGCAUAGAUCCAAUAACAGUGAUAUCAUGCCUUGUUGGGGGAACUAGAUGUGAUAGAGAAAUAGUGAAAUACGGAAUUAAAAAGACACAUUUUGAAUGA